GAGAGCUCUAGAGGCUGUGACGAAAGCAAUUGGAAGCCGUUGCCCGACAUGGCCAGCACGUUGUUCAGAUCACUCUUUGCUCCGGCGAUGAGGCCAGCGACGUUUCCGCGCGCUGCAUCCCUCCUCACGCCAACCGUGGCCCCCUUGAUCCGCCCCUUUUCAUCUACUCCCAUUCAGAAUGCCACUAUCAUGCAGGUCCUGAGAGGAUGUCAUAAGAAGGGCAAGCGCGCUCGUCACGCUGUCUCCCCCGCCCUGUCCGAGAUCCAGGCUCCCGCCCUCAAGGGCGUCUGCCUUAAGGUUGGUAUCAUCCGCCCAAAGAAGCCCAACUCCGGCCAGCGCAAGACCGCUCGUGUGCGCCUCUCCAACGGCCGUCACGUCACUGCCUAUAUUCCCGGCGAAGGCCACAAUAUCCAGCAGCACAGCGUUGUCCUCGUUCGUGGCGGUCGCAGUCAGGAUUGUCCCGGUGUACGAUACCACCUCGUCCGUGGCGCUCUCGAUCUCGGCGGUGUGGCGAACCGUGCCAGUUCUCGCUCAAAGUACGGCACGAUGAAGCCCAAGAAGGCCACAGUGAGCUAAAGAAACGGGGUUUUCAACGCGACAGAGGAAGAUACAAGUGGGAGAGUGGGAUGUCAAAAAGAGUUAAGGGAGUACGGUUGAAGCUGCGCCCCUACAAAUGUCCGAUUGGAACGGGGCACUUCUACCAAGUGUAAAGUCGUGUACUAUUAUCGCAUUACAGAUUAUCACAAUAUCAAGAGCCACUGAAAGCCGGAUA